AUGAUGGGGUGCUGGAUUUUGAAUGAGAGUCUCUCCUUUCUAUUAGUACUCUCAUGGCUGGGAGUAAAUUUAUAUCUGUUUGUCGACACCUUUUACUGGUAUGAAGAGGAAAAGUCUUUCCUUUACACACGAGUUAUUCUGGGUUCAACUCUGGCUUGGGCACGAGCAUCCGCAGUGUGCCUGAAUUUUAACUGCAUGCUAAUUUUAUUACCAAUCAGCAGAAACCUUAUUUCAUUCUUGAGAGGGACAAGUAUGUGCUGCAGAGGACCAUGGAUGAGGCAAUUAGACAAAAACCUCAAAUUCCACAAACUUGUCGCCUAUGGGAUAGCCAUUAAUACAACCAUCCAUAUCGUGGCACAUGUGUGCAACCUGGAGGCCUACCACUCAAGCCAGUCAGAGGAAGCAGAGGGACUUCAGGCCGCACUUUCCAAACUUGGCGACCACCCAAAUGAGAGCUACCUCAACCCCAUCCGGACCUUCCACACCAACACAAUCACUGAGUUGCUAACAACAAUUGCGGGCGUCACUGGUCUGAUGAUUUUUCUGGCUUUAAUCUUGAUCCUGACGUCUUCCACCGAGUUCAUCAGACAAGUCUCCUAUGAGUUGUUCUGGUACACACACCACGUUUUCAUCAUCUUCUUUAUCAGUCUGGCUAUCCACGGGGCAGGUCGGAUUGUUCGAGGCCAGACUCCUGAGAGUCUCUUGCUGCACAAUGUCACCUUCUGUAGAGACCAGUAUGCGGAAUGGCAGACAGCCGUACAGUGCCCUGUGCCUCAAUUUUCUGGCAAGGAGCCUUCGGCCUGGAAAUGGGUUUUAGGCCCUGUGGUCUUGUAUGUGUGUGAAAGAAUAAUUAGGUUCUGGCGAUUUCAACAAGAAGUUGUCAUUACCAAGGUGGUGAGCCACCCGUCUGGAGUCCUAGAACUUCACAUGAAAAAACGUGACUUUAAAAUGGCACCAGGGCAGUAUGUCCUGAUACAGUGCCCUUCCAUCUCCUCGCUGGAAUGGCACCCCUUCACCCUCACCUCUGCCCCCCAGGAGGACUUCUUUAGCGUGCACAUCCGGACAGCAGGAGACUGGACAGAAGCUUUAUGUAAGGCCUUUGGGGCAGAGGAACUGGUGCCGAGGGAGCUCCGGAGCCUGCCAAGACUGGCGGUGGACGGGCCGUUUGGAGCCGCGCUGACGGACGUAUCUCACUACCCGGUGAGCGUGUGCAUUGCUGCAGGCAUAGGAGUCACUCCCUUCGCCGCCCUUCUGAAGUCUAUUUGGUACCGAUGCUGUGAAUCACAAACCCAGCUGAAGCUGAGCAAGGUGUAUUUCUACUGGAUUUGCCGGGAUCCGAGGGCCUUUGAGUGGUUUGCUGAUCUCUUACUCUCAUUGGAAACACGCCUGAGUGAGCGAGGGAGAACUCACUUUCUGAGUUAUCAUAUAUUUCUUACUGGCUGGGAUGAGAACCAGGCCAUUCACAUAGCUUUACACUGGAAUGAUGAUACUGAUGUGAUUACGGGGUUAAAGCAGAAAACGUUCUAUGGAAGACCUAACUGGGAUCACGAGUUCCGGGAGAUAGCCUAUCGUCACCCCAGCUGCAACAUUGGUGUGUUCUCCUGUGGACCCAAAGCUCUCUCAAAGAUGCUUCAAAGGAUGUGCCGCUUAUAUUCAUCAGCUGAUCCCAGGGGUGUCCAUUUUUAUUACCACAAAGAAAGCUUCUAG